CGUGUGGCACAGGUGGGGGUUCGGAACGACUAUCCGAUUUUACCACAGUCAUUUACCGCAUUCCAACCACACACUGGAAUGUCAAAUAUUUCACUAUCACCAGUUCCGGAGGAUGUUUGGCAUGUCAGUCCGGCGGGAAUGUAACAGUUGAUAGCAAUAUUGCACAACAUGAUGAGUCGCCGUUCCGAGACUCGCCGCGUCCACUCCCUUGGAGGCUGCAAGACCUGCAGAGGCCGUCACGUUAGAUGUGACAGGAACCGUCCUGUUUGUCGCCAAUGCACCGCUAGAAGUCUCACAUGUGAAGGGUACCCCGAGGAAAUUCGAUGGAUGCCAGCUGAGGGCGAUCAAAGUAGAGGCAAGAGGAGAAAGGGAAAAUGCGAUUCAGGUGGAAGCGUUGGAGUCAGACAUUAUAUGUACACUGAAGAACAUGCUCGGCGGUCUAUGAGCAAUGCAAUCAAUAAAGACCUUCUCCGCGGCUCGGUCGAUGUGACCCUGCAGGAGAUCGAUGCAUAUUCAUGCGAUCCCAAUUUUGCAUCGAAAGACCACCUUAUAGUUGGUCCGUUUGCCGUCCUUAACUUUGAAAAACCCGCUUGUCUAUUAGAAAUCGAGGAUAUCGGUCCCAGGACACAGGACUCGAAUACCUCUGCGUAUUUGACCCCUCCAAAUGAUUGCUUACCCACAACCGUCGCGCCUGACAUAUCGUCCUAUGCGGACGGCCUGCUACAGUGGUCAGACCUUUUCAGCUUCAAUGAUGACCUCUAUGGUCUCGCGUCGGAUCUCUUGAUGGAUUGUGAGGUCGGAAUUGACUCGACACCAUGUCCGCAGAUACAGUCCCCAAAAGACGCCCUCUGUGACGGCCCAGAUCUGUUUCAAAACAUCACAUUAAACGAACCGCAAAUGAAACUACAAUUGCCGCCCGUGGACCUUUCAAAAGAGGCCGGGUUCUUGAUAAGACAUUUCCGGAAAGUUAUCGUUCCACAAUUGACUGUCAUUCCACCUAGCAAGUCGCCCUGGGACACUUUGAAUAUUCCUGCUGCCCUGGAAACCUUGGGACAGCUGACAGCCCUUGGUUCUGAAAGUAUUAGCCACGCUCGACUGGCGAAUUUCUAUAGCCUUCAGGCCUGCGCUGCAACACACCUGGCAACGACGCCUUUAACAAGCAUAGCUGAACCCAACUCGAAAGACUACUGGAAAAGGGUGUCUGAGCAGGCAUAUGCCGAGGCAAAGCAUAACAUGAAACUAUCGCUGGAAAAUGAGUCUGAGGGUCCAAAAAAGGCGAAAUUCAAGGACCAGAUGAUGGCAUUGUACGGGAUCGCGGAAUGUGCGAUAUUCUCUUGUCAACAACGCGAUGUUAGAUGUUAUUUAAUGGAUGCUGAGCGACUAUUACGCUCCCGAGGCUUUUCCAAAAAGAAGGUGUCGAGAAAGGUCCGCCUUCUGUUCAACAUUAAUACUUGGCUUCGCAUUGUCGGAGAGAGCACAUACGUCCUGCACGAUCAUUCCUCUAUUGAGUCCUUUGUCGGGUCAAUCAAUUUUCAUUGCCGUCCGCGGGAAUCUAUCGCGAGGGAACACUUGACCGUGUCUGCUCCGGAUCAAGGAAUUCGAUUAGACGACUUCUUGUUAUUCGAAAACAUUGAAAACAACCUUAACAUCGAUGAGCCGAAAGACCGCCGACUGGAUUUGCGCGAUAUCCAUCUACAAGACUCCCGAAAGUCAUCGGAGAGCUUGAGCUACCAGGUGUACGGAAUGUCCGAGACCUGGCUCAGUUUAGUAUCUCAAACCACGCGAUUGGCCAAUGUCAUGGACGCACUGAGAGCCGCGCAAGACGCCGAGUUGCCAGUGGCUCAGCAUGUCAUAAGAGCCGUGCAGCGACGGGAAAUGCGUCUUGAAAAUGUGAUACAGUUCUUUGUAGGGCGCUCUUCCGAUACUGACCACACUCUGGGACGGUCUGCACCUUAUGCGCAUGUGCUUCAGGCCCUCGAUUCCGCCUUGGUGAUUCUGUUCUACAGACGGGUGCGACGCGUUCAUGCGGCUAUUUUGGAAACCCAUAUUAGUAAAGUGACUCACGCGCUGGAUGCGUUCUACUCGACCCUAGACGAAGAAAUUAUUCCUGGCCCUGGAACAUUGUGGCCACUAUUCAUCGCCGGAUGCGAAGCGACAACAAAGGUUCAGCGCGAGGCUGUCUGGGAUCUGGUACAACGGGGAGAAGCCAAAAGUGGACUUGCGCCUUAUAAGCUGCUCAAAGAGAUUAUUUCCGAGGUCUGGACCAAACAGGAUGACCGAAGGACUCUUAAUUGCAGCCAGCCUCUUCCGACGUGGAUGGAUGUUUUGAGAUUGAAGCAGAGCUGGCCUGUCUUUGCCUGA